UUUGUGUUUCUUUUUGCAGGUUCUCCUUACUAUGACAACGUGCGGCCUUUAUGCUACAGUGAUUCAGAUGCUGUGCUCUUGUGUUUUGACAUCAGCCGACCAGACACAGUGGACAGUGCUCUGAAAAAGUGGAAAACAGAGAUCCAGGACUUUUGCCCAAACACACGUAUCCUUCUCAUCGGCUGCAAGACUGACCUCCGAACAGAUGUUUGCACUCGCAUCGAGCUGUCCAAUCAGAAGCAAGCGCCCAUCUCAUAUGAACAGGGCACAUCAUUGGCCAAACAGCUGGGAGCAGAGACGUACCUGGAGUGUUCUGCGUUCACAUCAGAGAAGAGUAUCCACAGUGUUUUCAGGACCACGGCUCAGGCCUGUAUGAACAAACUACAACCCCCCAACAAGACCAGCCCAGUACGACGCCUGUCCAAAAGACUACUACACCUGCCCAACAAAUCUGAGCUCCUCUCCUCCUCCUUCACCAAGGAUCGCUCCAAAAGCUGCUCCGUCAUGUGAACACUUACAAGCAAUUCAAUGUAUUUUUGUAAAGCCCCAAAUCACAACAAAAAUCAGCCACUGGUUAAUAACCAUCACACAGAUUAAGUAACAUUCACAGGAAACAAUCAAAAGAAUAACUGUGUCAGAGCGCCUCCUACAAAAAUUCCCCAAACCCAGUGGGAAAUAGAGAAACCUCGAGGAGAACCACAGAGAAGAAAUAUCCGCUCCAAUGGAUGGACUGGCUGCAAAUGUGUCCAGGACUGAAGGGCACCCAUUUGCAGAUUUAUUCAGUUAUUAUAAACAUGCAAUAGAAAGCAAAGAGUAAGAGUUUAUUAUCUGUACUAGAAGUUUAUUUAUUGAACAGAAGCAGACAGAGUACAGUAUCAUCUUAAAUAUAGGCCAAGAAUGGAAAUCUCGCACCAUGCCACAAAAAAUGGUUGUGCCUAAAGAAUAAACUGUGCGUUAUACUCGGACAUGGUUACUAGCAGUGCAUUCAACAGUAUUUAAAUAUUAUCAUUUAAAAUCAUAUUACAGAGCUAAUUCCUUCCAUCUUUCUAAUAGUGUAAUUGUUAUGGUCAUAUUGAGAAGGGGUGAAAAUGAAAUGUUAUACCAGACAGUUCACAUAAUGUGGGGUAUUUAUACUAAAGUUGGUGAUGGGGGCAUGGAUGUAGCAAAGCUGGUUUGUGAAGGUGGAGGGAGGAGGAGGAGGAGUAGGAAGAGCAGAGCACAUCCUGAGGAGCAGCACCGUGAGUCAGCAGCACUCACACGAGUCUGAGGCGCGACCAAAACAAAAGAGCCGCUGUGGAAACGAGCUGCAAGCUAUUUAUGUACGAGGCAUUUAUAUGUGAGCGGGACAUUGCACCAUGUUUGUUACUCAAUAUAAGACACAUGCUGAAAGUGUGGGAUUACUAAUAAUUGGAUUACUCUGCAAUUUAACUGCAGAUGGUUUGAGCUGUGACUGAGUGAGUAAACAGUAUGCAGUUCACACAGGCAGGUCCUGUAUGGGGAAUUUGAAUCCCUAUUAUUGAUGAUUUGGUUAAUUUUAAGCAGAAGUAGUGUUAACUUCAUUAUUCUUACAUGCCUCCAGUCACAUGCACACAUUAUUACUGUACAAUUGUUGCUAAUGCUUUUUAUUCAAAAGUGUCUUAUAUCAUCACUGCUGACAGAGGGGUGGAUAAAGGGAGGAUGAUUUGGAGGUCUGAGUUCUUUGGAUGCACAGAACACUGGAAUUUAACGUGUUGCUUAGCAACCGAGGAGCCGGGCAGCUCCUGUCUGAGAGGGCGCCGCGUGUUUGUAGCACAAGCCCCAGUGAAGCGCAGGUCAGACAGAGAUACUGCAGAAUUUCUAGAGUUUCACUGUUUGAACUGAGCUGUAAGAGGGCUGAGCGAUGCAAAGAUGCAUCUAAAACAAUCAUGAUAUUUUCUGCAAUCAUUCUUCUGUGUAUAGAUCGCAUUCAGACCAUUCUUCUGGCUCAUGCCCUAGUCUCUCUUUUGUUAUUUAAGCGAAUUUAAUGUACAGACCGUAUCUCCCCUUAAAUGCACCAGAAGAAUGUUGCUGAAGCAGAUAUUUGUAAAAAUGUAAUAUUAAGUAUUGUCUGUUGUGAUGCUAUUUCAGUUUGUAUGUUUAUUUAAAUAAAUAAAGAUGUUAAGUUAA